AUGUCGAACGCAACCCACCAUGAGUCUGGCGGGGAAGCCACCGUGCGCGUGUCAUAUCUGGCUGGGUAUAUCAUCCUGUCAUAUGUGAUCAGCGCCAUGGGAUGCGCAACUACACUGGAGCUUCUCCACCGGCGGACAUCAAGAUCCGGUCUAUACAACUGGUACCUCCUCUUGACAUCAUCCAUCACCAUGGGCGGCAUAGGAAUCUGGUGUAUGCAUUUCAUCGGCAACCGCGCCAUCGUGCUCGGCAACGGCGAAGGAAAUAUCCAGAUCCUAUACAACGUCGCCUUCACGGGAACCUCAUUCGCACUCCCGGUUGCAGUGCUAUUAUUUGCCUUUUAUGCCGUCGGCGUCGAGGAAAAGGCGGGAUAUAUUCGCAUUCUGGUAGGAGGACUGCUGACUGGCAGUUCUGUCUGUGGGAUGCACUAUGUCGGUCAACUGGGUAUUUCUAAUUAUCGCUGCUCAUACCACCCAGCCAAUGUGGUCGGAUCAGCCAUCAUCGCUAUCUUCUCCAGUACUACUGCGCUGGGAAUCUUUUUCCGGUGGAGGGCAUCUUGGACUGAUAGUUGGUGGAGGCGUGGGCUGUGUGCUUGUCUGCUGGCCGGUGCUGUCUCUGGCAUGCAUUGGACGGCUGCCGUUGGUACAAUCUAUCGCGAUCAUAAUCAGAAGAUCACCAAUGGACAGCAGCUGUCUAGGAGUCAGGUGGUGAUUAUCUGUGCUGUGUUGGCCUGUGUUGCUUGUGUGAUCUUGUCUGCUUGUGCGAUUGUCGCCGGUAGAAACCGCAGAAAGUCGACUACUCGUGCCCAUCAGCUUGUUCUCGCUUGUGCCUAUUUCGAUCCCAAUGGCCGAGUCAUGGUUACGCCCCAGGCUCUUUUCCCAACGCGCAAGAUCGUCGAUCAUUACAUUGGUCGGACUUUCAAGGACGACGAUCUCACUCGUACUCACCCUACCUUCUUGUGGGCGUUUAGGGCUACUCGCAAUUGGCCUGUCAUCAAGGAUCUUGUUCCGUUCAUGCGAAACCGUCUGGAUUCGGAGGGACGUGCCAUUCAGCAACAUAUGCUCUCUCGAGGCGUGUUCAUGGAUAAAGAGACCGAGUUGCAGACUGACUUUGACACUUUGUUCAAGCAACUCUUCUGUGUCACGGCUCAAGAGCUGUCAGAGGAACUCCGACAGCCUCUACAGGAUCUGGGCACGCUUUACGACGAUGUCCUCUCCACUGCCAUCCCAGUCUCUCGCAUCUCCAAAGCUAUGGGCCGGUCAUCUCUCCGCACUGGCAAAGGCCAGUUGAUGUUCACAGUCCGCCAACUGCAGAAGAACGAAGCAGCAAGACUCGCCUCGCAAGGCUUCCGAUUCGCAACCAUCGAACAUGUCACCUCAACCAUCUCCCGCCGCAUCCACGUCCCCGAAGCCAAUCUAACCAGCGCUCUCCGCGACAUGCGCGACUAUGCCAGCUCAAGCCGCGGCUUCGAAGAAGGCGUCCACUUGAUCUCCUAUGUUAUGCGACCCUCAAUUCACGACCACUUCGAAAUCCUGACAGUAAAGGGAAUCGGCAACCCUCUCCCAUCUUCCACUCUCCCAAUAAAGAACCUCCAAGUCCAACACCUCGAGCUCCUCACACACAUGGAAGGCUGGUCAAUGACCACCUGCCUCCGCUACCUAUCCUCCCCAGCAGCCUCUCAAACCUUCCCCAACCUUUCCGAAUUCCGCAACCACCUCUCCAAGUCCAUCUCCUCUCUCUCCAAAUCCCUUCCAGAGGAUAUGCGCUCCGCUGCCCAACUAUCCGCCCGCCCUCUCACAGCACCCUGUCGCACCCGCCCAUCCUCAGCCUCAACCUCCAAAGAAUCCUUCCCGCAAUCAAACUGCACACUCAUCACCUUCUGCGUCGUCGGCACCCUAGACACCCAAGUCCCCAACCCAGACUACAUCUUCACCCCGCUGCGCCUCUUCCGCGUACAACAGCAAGUCAACGACAGCAUAGCCGACACAGAAGGGUUCGCGCGCGAACUAGGCCAAGAACUCUUCUGCACAGAUGUCCGCUCAGGUUCCUCAUCCACAGAAUCUGACAUCGCCUCGUCAGCCCGCAUGGCCAUCUCCAAGCUCUGGCCCCAUCGCACCGGCCAUUCUCAUUCCAUGACCUCGACGGAAUCGCUCGUUGAGCCUGCUGCUACCGCGUUGGGCGACAUCACCGUUCACAAGGAGGUGCGCGUGGACAUUACUCGUCUUCAUGAGACUAGUAAUGCGCUGUGUAGUGAAGCUAAGACUAUCGUUGCUGCUGGCGAGCUGCCUACUACGCCGUUGACCUACGUCGAUGAGCUGUACAGUCUGUGCUAUGCGCCGGGGCUUCGAGUGAGGCCUGAUUCUUCGUUGCAUCAGCAUCAUCGGGUUUCUAUGUGA